UACUAAAGCAUUCAGAUUACCGUAUGCGUUGGUUUUUUUCCCUGCAUUGCAUUUUUUCACUAGUUUCACCAGACAGUUUUCUUUUGCAAGAUUUCAUUUGAUUUUUCCGAACUAUUGUGGUCAUACCUUUUGAUUGCUGUUGAUAACAGUGAUUUAUUGUCACUUGUUCUCAUUCAGUACGCUUACACUGUGAUGCGAUUCAUCUUUAUACGGCAGAAGUCAGAACCAUACCGCCUUAUCUGUGCGUAUCGCAUAUCAGCUGUUAAGUCCUUACCGCAGGCGCAAAACUGCUUUUGAUGUCGACAGUGGAAAUUCAUACAGCUGACGUUACGUAAUACAGAAUACUCUGCAUUCUCGAUUCCAUAAUAUAUUUCACAGCUCCGCUGUGUUUCUCCUUCGUCUGUUCACCCUCGAUUACCUGCGCUCGCGGAUUCCCGUUUCUCUGCGAAAAUGGUUUUUGGGAUUGAUAAAGUCUUGACAGGCAUCGUCAAGUACCACCAGACUGUCCGCUCGGGAAUGGUGGAGCAGUUUAAGCGCGUUCGCGAUAAUCCCAUCCCCUCGGUGCUGAUGUAUACCUGCAUGGAUUCCCGUAUGAUUCCGUCCCGUUUCACCCAGACGAAUGUGGGAGAGAUGUUCAUUGUGCGGAAUGCUGGCGUGCUGAUACCACACCAUAAAUAUUACGGAAGCGAUGCCACUAUAACAACUGAACCUGGAGCGAUGGAGCUGGCUUGUGUGAUAAACGCAGUCCAGGAUGUGAUAGUUUGCGGACAUUCAGAUUGCAAGGCGAUGAAUCUCCUGCAGAAUCUACGGAGCGAAGGCCUAACGGAUCCGGCGCAAGUCCGUGAGUCACCGCUGCGUUCCUGGCUGCUGCGCUACGGCGGCGACUCAUGGACGCACUUCGAGACGAUGCUGCGCGCCGAGAAGAACCGACUGGUAUUCAUGGAAGGCCAUCAUGCACAUGAAGCGGUAAUUGAUCCAAAAAACCAAUUUGUCACCGCCGAUAAGUUCUCACAAGUCAGUACACUGCAUCAACUGGAGAAUAUUACGUCCUAUCCCUUCAUGCAGCGCCUGGUCGAUGGCGGUCUGGUCCGUCUGCAUGCCAUGUGGUUUGACAUCUACACCGGGAAUAUCUUCUACUUUAGUAAGCCGCAUAAAAUGUUCGUGGAGAUCACCGAAGAGAACUGGGAUGAUUUUCUGGAUGAGAAAGAACGGGAAGCUAUUAGCAAACAGGUUAAAUAUGGCCUAAUGCGAAAAAUAGCUCUUUAGUGUUGUGUUAUGGCUCUCAUACGAUUACAAUGCUAAGAGAGAAUCGGAGAUUAGGCUUCCGCGAAAGUUUCUAUUUUUAUGCUUUUAUUUUUGAAAAAAAAAAAAUAAUGGUUUCCGCUUUUUUUCCUAUGCAAUCUCGGUGGUAUUAUAGCGCUCUUAACGGUGUGUUUUUCAUGUCAAGAAAGAAAAGGGAGUGCUGUGAGAAAUUGUGAGAAUGUAUGACCUUUUGAAUGCGUUAGUUGGAGGCGUGUGGGUUGAAACUUGGAGCGAGUGGACAAAAGUUGUCACUGAAUUGUUCCUUUAUUUAUUUUAUUCUCUUCUGUAUAUCUGUUGCUCAUUGAAAAUUUUCGGUUGUUCUGCGGACACUGAAUUGAAAUUCUGUGUACGUUGCCGUUGAUAGUCAGAUUGACAUAUUGUUUGCCAUAAACAUUGCUUGCAUUUCUCCACUUUUUGCCUUGUAUUGGUAAAAUAAUAUUUUGCUAAUUUCUCUGUCUUGUCUCGCGUUGGCUGUUCGGCGCUGUUGUCGCUCGAUGAGUUCAUAAUGCCGGUUUGGACAGGAAGCCAAACAGAGUGUCCCGAAAUGUCGGCCAUGAUCAUGAAUAAAAAGUGUCUUGG